AUGGGUAGUGCUAGAUGGGGUUCAGGGGCAUCUUCAUCCAUCAAGCUCUUGCUGUUCAUGGUGCCUCUCGUGCUCGUUGCAGGCCUUGUCUCUGUUUUGGGUCCUAACCCCUCUAGUUGGCUUUCCAUUGCCAAGCCACCUGUGUUGUUAUUGAACUCGGUCACUUCCUCAACUGGUAGUGGUGCUGUCACCACCCCUUCUCAGAUGAAGCAGAGGGAAGGAGUAGUGGUGAUGCCCGUGGAUGAUCGUGCUCGAGACAAUGCUAUCUCUGAUGACACUCGCUUCAAUCUCUCCUCUCCUCCUCCAUUUUCUGUUCAGGCCACCACACAAACACCUCAACAACCUAACAAGGAUGAACAAAAUGUUUCCCAAACUUUGCCCAACAUGACUUGUGUGAACGAGUCUUGUGUUCCACCAGAGAGGCCAAAGCUGCAGAGAAAAAUCAGCAUCUUGGAUAGAACCGAAGCAGGUCUAAUAAAAGCUCGAGCUGCAAUUAGAGAAGCAAGAAACGGAAAUCAAACACAAGAUAUAGACUAUGUUCCUAUUGGACCAAUGUAUAUAAAUGCUAAUGCAUUUCACAGGAGUUACUUGGAAAUGGAGAAACAGUUGAAAGUAUAUGUGUACGAAGAAGGGGAGCCUCCAGUUUUCCAUAACGGACCUUGCAAAAGCAUAUACUCGAUGGAGGGAAAUUUCAUCCACGCUAUUGAGAUGAACGAGAAAUUCCGAACAAGAGAUCCUGAGAAAGCACAAGUGUUUUUCUUACCUUUUAGCGUAGCAAUGUUGGUACAAUUUGUGUAUGUACGAGACUCUCACGACUUUAGUCCCAUAAAAGAAACUGUCACGGAUUACGUCAACAUCAUCGCAGGAAGAUACCCGUAUUGGAAUAGAAGCCUUGGAGCUGAUCAUUUCUAUCUUGCUUGCCACGAUUGGGGGCCAGAGACUUCGCGUUCCGUUCCUAAUUUGCAGGAUAACUCUAUACGUGUGUUGUGCAAUGCAAACACUUCCGAGGGAUUCAAGCCUUCCAAGGAUGUCUCCCUGCCGGAGAUUAAUCUCCAGAGUGGUUCAAUAAACGGUUUGAUUGGUGGGCCGUCUGCUUCUAAACGCCCACUCUUGGCCUUCUUUGCUGGUGGGCUGCACGGCCCAAUUCGGCCGGUUCUUCUUGAACAGUGGGAAAACAAGGACGAGGAGAUGCAGGUUCACAAGUACCUUCCGAAGGGUGUGUCCUACUACGACAUGCUGAGGAAGAGCAGGUUCUGCCUCUGUCCUAGUGGGUACGAGGUAGCAAGUCCCAGAGUAGUGGAGGCAAUCUACACAGGGUGUGUUCCAGUGCUCAUUUCGGAUCACUAUGUGGCUCCUUUCAGUGAUGUUUUGAAUUGGAAGUCCUUUUCCGUUGAGGUUUCGGUUGAGGACAUUCCCAAAUUGAAGGAAAUUUUGUUGAGUAUUUCUCCAAGACAGUAUAUAAGGAUGCAGAGGAGAGUGGUACAAAUAAGGAGGCACUUUGAGGUCCACUCUCCUCCCAAGAGAUUUGACGUCUUCCACAUGAUCCUUCAUUCUGUAUGGCUUAGAAGAUUGAACUUUAGAGUCCACCAUGAUCAAUAG